AUGUCCGUGUGCGUGUCAUCAGCCGGCGGGACGCUCGGUGUUGAUGCGAUGUCCCUCUCCCAGAUGGCGCUACCUUCGUCGAUGAUGUUGCCACUCGCGCAUUCCGGCCCAGGGCAUUCCUCCUUGCUGAGUCAAUCGAUGGCAAACGGGCCAUCGACUGGGCUCGGUUCGAUCGGUUCCCUAGACGCGGGCCCUUCACUGGGAGGAUCAUCGAAAGGACUACACCUGAACGGUACCUCUAGCAACAGCAAUGGCGGUCUGGCCGGACUUUCCGCGCUACAUCGCACGAGCACGCUCGAUGGUUCGUCCUCCGGCAUCGGCGCCAUUGUGCCCGGGGAUCUUGGGGAUCACCAUCCAAAUCCCGAAAUGCUAUUGGCGCUGAUAUCACGCAACAAGACCCUCGAAGCAACCAUCCCCAAGUGCGGAGGCUGUCACGAGCUGAUCCUAGAUCGGUUCAUCCUGAAGGUAUCCGACCGGACGUGGCACGCCAAAUGUCUCCAAUGCAGCGAGUGCCGAGUGCAACUAAACGAAAAGUGCUUCGCCCGCAACGGUCAGCUUUUCUGCAAGGACGACUUCUUCAAGCGCUACGGGACAAAGUGUGCUGCAUGCGAUCUGGGCAUCCCACCGACGCAAGUUGUCCGACGGGCGCAGGACAACGUCUACCAUCUACAGUGCUUCAUGUGUUCGAUGUGCUCUCGACAACUCAACACCGGUGACGAGUUCUACCUGAUGGAGGACGGCAAACUCAUCUGCAAACCGGACUACGAAGCCGCCAAGGCGAAAGGUUUGUAUCUCUCCGAUGGUUCCCUGGAUGGUGAGUCCUCUAAUAAGCGACCACGGACGACCAUCACCGCCAAACAGCUUGAGACCCUAAAGAGCGCCUACAACAGCAGCCCUAAACCAGCCCGCCACGUACGAGAGCAGCUGUCGCAGGACACCGGCCUGGACAUGCGCGUCGUGCAGGUGUGGUUCCAGAACAGGCGAGCGAAAGAAAAGCGCCUCAAAAAGGAUGCAGGUCGAACUCGAUGGAGCCAGUACUUCCGGUCGAUGAAGGGAACUUCCUCGCCUAGCAGACACGAGAAGCUGCUUGACAAGGAUGAGCUGAAGAUCGAUCUGGAUAGCUUCAGUCAUCACGACCUCAGCAAUGAUAGCUACAGUACGUCCAACAUGGGGCUGGAAGAUGGUGCGUCACCACACAGUGCCCGAGGGUCCUACAUCCACGGCAGCGGAAGUCCCCCGCCGUACCUCUCCAGCCACUCACCUCCGCCCAUGGGUCCCGGCCAUCCGUACGGUUCGUACCCGGACAACAUCGUCUACACGCCACUAGGUCAACCACUAAACUCAAUGCACCCUGGAACUCGCCCCCCUGGGCUGCACGGUAGCGCAGUGUCGGACCUCAGCAACGAUUCUAGUCCCGCGCACGGCUAUCCGGAUUUCCCGCCGAGUCCCGACUCCUGGCUUGGCGAUUGUCCACCACCACCACCAACGCAGACGCAGCUUUCUUCCGGAGCGUCCGGUACGGUCGCCAAUCCACCUGCCCAGCAGUCUCAGAACGGAACAGCGGCCCUACACUACUGA